ACAUCCGCCCCCGCUCGGCGGCCGAUAGGCGCGGGGGGGAGAGGUUUCCCACCGGUAAUAACCCCGUCGCAGGUGGCGGAGGCGGCGUGCGGAGCCCGCGGCCGCCAUGAACCCCGGCGGCGGGGCGGGGGCGGCGCCCGCUUUCCCCGGCCCCGUGCAGUUUCCCGGCGGCACCACCGUGCUGGUGGAGCUCACCCCCGACAUCCACAUUUGUGGCAUCUGCAAGCAGCAGUUCAAUAACCUCGAUGCCUUCGUUGGACACAAGCAAAGCGGCUGCCAGCUCGCUAGCGCAGCAGCUGGGGCCACCAGUACGGUCCAGUUUGUGUCAGAAGAAACGGUACCAUCCACACAGGCACAAACCGCAGCCAGGACCAUCGCUUCAGAGACCCAAACCAUCACAGUUUCUGCACCAGAGUUUGUUUUUGAGCAUGGCUAUCAAACCUACCUGCCCAGUGAAAGCACUGAGGCUCCAGCUGCUGCUGUCGUCUCUACACCACCCAAAGCACGUUCAAGAAAAUGUACUUCCUCACUUACACAGAAGAAACUAAACUGCUGCUAUCCAGGUUGCCAGUUCAAGACUUCCUAUGGUAUGAAGGACAUGGAACGUCAUCUACGAACACACACAGGAGACAGGCCCCAUAAGUGUGAAGUUUGCAACAAAUGCUUUAGCCGUAAGGACAAGCUGAAGAUGCACAUGCGCUCCCACAGCGGGGUGAAGCCCUACAAGUGCAGGCACUGUGACUACGCUGCCGCUGACAGCAGCAGCCUCAACAAGCACCAGCGCAUCCACUCCAACGAGAGACCCUUUAAAUGCCAGAUCUGUCCCUACGCAAGCCGCAACUCCAGCCAGCUGACUGUGCAUCUCAGAUCCCACACAGGAGAUGCUCCUUUUCAAUGUCAGAUGUGUCCUGCUAAAUUUAAAAUCAACUCAGACCUGAAGAGGCACAUGCGUGUUCAUUCUGGUGAGAAACCUUACAAAUGUGAGUUCUGUGAGGUCCGAUGUGCCAUGAAAGGAAAUCUGAAAUCACACAUUCGUAUAAAGCACAGCAUGGAAAAUACUCUCAAGUGUCCAGAGUGUGACUUCCAGUGUGGAAACAAAACAAGCCUUCGGCACCACAUAAGAACUCAUCAGCCUGAGCAGCCCGUGAAGUGCUCAGAGUGCAACUACUCUUGCUCCAACAAGGCAGCUCUGAAAGUGCAUGAGCGGAUUCACUGCAAAGAUCGUCCUUUCAAGUGUGAAUUCUGCAGCUUUGAUACCAAGCAGCGGAGCAACCUGACAACCCAUGUGAGGAAAGCACAUGGUGACAAAGUCAAGACCAAGAAGCAAACAGUGGAGAAGAAGGAAGGAGAUAGGCCAAAGCAAGGUGGCUCCAGGCAAGUUGCCAAACUGGAUGCCAAGAAGGCAUUUAAGUGUGACCUGUGUGAUGCUUCCUUUGUCCGAGAAGAUUCUCUUAGGAGCCAUAAGAAACAACACAGUAUGUAUAAUGGAUCUAAAAGUACUGAACUGGCUGUUCUACAGCUCCAUAUGGAUCCCAGUCGGCAGACCAGUGCCCCAAUUACUGUCAGUCACCUCCAGGUCCCACUUCAGGCUGCUCAGGUUUCUCCAUACAAUGAGGGAAGGGUUAAGAUCAUUGUGGGUCAUCAGGUCCCUCAGACUAACAGUAUCGUUCAAGCUGCAUCAGUGAACGUCGUGCCUCCUACAUUAGUUAGCCAGAAUCAGGAGGACCUCGCAGCCAACAGCCGCUUGCAGCUUCUGGGCCAAGUCAGUUUGUUGGCACCACCUCCACCUCCCAUAUCUCAGAGCGAAGCAGGGCCUGUGGCACAACCAGCAGUUCUUCUCACAACUCAUGACCAGAGCGAUGGAAGCGCUUUACAUCAAGCCCUGAUCCCAGCUGCUCCUGUCAGCAGUCAUGACGCUUCAGCAAACCAAGCUUUCAUCACCAGCUCUGGAAUCAGCUGCUCUGACUUGGAAGGCCUUAAUGCUUUGAUACAAGAAGGAGCAACAGAAGUGACUGUGGUUAGUGAUGGAGGUCAGAGCAUAACAGUGUCCACUUCAGCUCCCCCUCCUCCUAUCUUUUCUUCAUCCUCUCACACAGAAGCCCCUAAGCAGACCUAUUCUAUCAUUCAAAGUGGAGCCCAUACAGCUUUGCUGUGUCCAGCUGACUCCAUACCAGAUUAGUCACACAGGACUGUUAAUAAACAAAUUUCAGUCUCAGAGGCAGUGCUGGAUUCAGCAGAAAUGCCCAGGACAUAAGUGAAUGCAGGAUUUGUCCUGUAAAGCCAAAUACCUUCCACUCACACAUUUUACUUGUCUGUACAUGGAAACAUACGUCUUGCAUGUGAAAAACAGGAUGUGUAUAUUUAUGUGCCUCUGUUGAAAGAGGAGGCUGUGUUCUUCAUAAAAUCUGAGCACCGAAGCAACUCUUGACAGUCUCACCAAGCAGUAAGCUUCCCAAAAUAUGAUUCUUGUGUCAUGCUGGCUAAAAUAAGAAAGCCUCACCUUGUGAUGAAUAACCAUCAGAGCAGAUUCAUUCCUUAUGCACACAUGAAAGGUAAUAGUCCAAGCUAUUCUGAAGUAUAUUUUUAAGUGAAAUCUAUUUCAGUUACAUGUUCAGUAUUCAUUAACUGCACCUGGAUGAUUGUUGAUCUGUAAGAAAUGUCUGCUACUGGAUCUAAUGCAGCCCUAGUAAAGCUUAAGGGGGCUGUUCCCUAUUAUCUGUAGCAGUUGCUAGCACCUGGCACCUGAUCUAGAAAUGCUUUUGAAGGAGACCAGGUGAUCAUUUUUAGAAAACAAAAUAAUUUUGUCCAUCCAUUAGUAAUAACUAACUUUACUAGCAAGAACAGUAUUGCAAAUUUAUAUAUAUGGCACAGUCAUCUCUGUCAGAGGCACCUGUGUUUUAAAGAGCAAAAUCAACUGGAAAUAUAUUUUUUACAAACACUACUUAGAUUUUGUUUUUAUUUUUAUGCUGCCUGUUUGUAGUUACACAGGUAGUAAAAGUGCAUUACGUUUUUUGCUCUGUUCUUUUUAAGUUAAAGGAAAAAAAGUAAAAGAUGGAAUUUGUUCCAUUUAAAAUAAUAAUAAAAAAAUAAUAGAUUCUAAUCCAAGGUCUGAAACUCUAGCAUAAAUUCAGAUUGGAUCACAAUGAGGUGGUAAUUUACCAUAUUAAUUAUGCAUGUUUCUAUAGUGAAUUAAUUCUAAGCUGUAUUUGAAAUAACCCCUAUCUGGUGAGCAUUCUUGUAGCAGUAGCUAAUAGUAUAUUCACUACCAAGCUAUCUAGUUAAAGAAACUGCCUCUCAACUUGGGAAAAUAGAUAGCUCUGUAGGUGCCUGCAUCUGCAGAAGUCAGAGAUGAUUUCAAAGCCAGACAGCAUUCCAAGGAUGAUUGUUAACAUGCAUGAAAACCGAAAGAGAUUGUUCUUAAAACUAGCUGAGUUUCCCUCUUGGGGAAUCCAAGUCAAGUUGAAUUUCACAGUAUUCGCUAGUGGGAGACAUUGAAUGAUUGCUUUAUGUGCUACAAACAUGCCUGGAAAAAUUAUAAAGGCUGUCUAAUUAGGGCCACUUUCUGAAUAGGCCUCAGGUUUUAAAGUUUUUAGCUUGUACAGCCUUUGUGUAUGCGGGAGUCCUCCCCUUCCCUCUCUGUACUCUACAUACAGUGUAAGGCUUCCAGCUUUACAAUGAUGAGUAGGAAAAUGCAGUCACAGCUCACAAGUAGUCAUACAAACUGUUCUUGAAAAUGUGACCAUUGCUUUUUGUUAAAGUAAGGGUUGUUUAAACUUGAGUGCUCCAGUAUUGCUGUCUUCAUUAUUCAUGGGAAAUACUAUUUUUGAAGAUCCGUAUCUCUUCUGCCUUCCUGAUCCUUAAUUCUAAGUCAAUGGUUUUUUUUAAGCAAAAAACAAUUCCAAAUAAUCUUGGUUUUAAAAUCUAGGUUUUGCUUUGAACUGUCUGGCAGUGUGCCUGACACUUGUUGUCAGAAAAUACCACACUCACUAGAGGGAGAAGCUUCAUAAAUGCUUGAUGAAAAAGGUGUUAAUACAGACUUGUUUCCUAGCCCUGUGCUGUAUGGAAAUGUCAAAAGUUCCAAGUUUACUUGACAGUUGUGUUUCAGGGUUUAUUAUUCCAUACACUUUCCUACUACAUUCUCCAACUUUCCUGGUGAUUCAGGUUUGUCACCUGUUAGUUACCUCUUCCCUUCAGGUGGGUGAUAUGAGGAGCUGACGAGGCCCAGUUCCAAGUCACUGAGCACACCUGGUUUUAUAUAAAUUUUAAGUAGGCUGGAGGUUUUAGGCUGGGAGGUUUUUACUAUGUUAGAUCACUGCAAAACAUGAAUUGAGAACAACCAGUUGAAAGCCUAGAUACUUUGAAUUUUAACACAGGCAUUGCUGUUUUGUGACUGUCCGGUCAUGUUUCAUUGUUGUGCCUGUAGCACAGACCUAAUUGUUACAUUUCAACUGUGUUGAGACUACUCAUGAAGCAGUUGGAAGAGAAAAAGCAUCAGAGGUGAGUACAUGAUGAUGUAUGCUUUCCCAGAAGACCAGUGCCUGGCAGGGCUGAGCUGCCCAGACUGUGCCAUGUGCUGGGGAGGCAACUGAGCUGCAGGAGAGCAAGCUUGGGGACGCUCAGUGCAGUUGAAGUUCGAGUCUGUUUCACCUGGAGAGGGAGGUGGGCUCUUUCAGGUCAUCCCAGUGGUCCAAUUUACAGCAUAGCUGUUGCACCAGCAUAGCAAAGUAGUUGAUAAACUAGCAGCAAGAUCAGACCAGAGCUGGAGCAGCUAAGAGUGCCAAUUACAUAUUUUUCCUUUAUUUUAAGACAAAGUAACUUAAAUUGAUCUGCCCUCAUUUACUUGGUUUUGUCACCAAUAAGUCUGCCUCUAUCUUCUUGGUCACACACCAUCUUCCCAAUAUUUCUGCUGGUUGAUUUUAUGGAGGCUGGUGAUCUCGAAGAUAAUUAUGUUUUUAUUUCUGCAAGUCAUGUAGGUACAGAGUUUAAGUAGCCCAACUAAGGAGCUUGCAUGUUAGGAGUCCCCAGUGAUGAAGUUUUCUUUUCUGAAGAAGCUUCUGCCUGGGCUGUCAGACAGGAGCUGCUGGAAAUGUGCCGCUCUGGGUUUAGAGCUGGUGACUGUAUGUUAAUACAGAAGGAGUGAUAUUCAUUUUUAAGAUGAAGGUUUGGAGUUAGACUAGCUGCUGAUAGGCAAGCUUGCAGCUAUAGAAAAUUGUACCCGAUCUGAAAACUUGAAGGUGCAGCUGUACUACAAUUUGGCAACUGAAAAGUGGCAUUAAUUUUCCUACACUCGUAGGUAUAGAGGGACUCUGCAUGCAGGGUUUUAUGAGCAUGAAGUAAUUUUGGAUCGUCUAUAGGUGGUGCUACAGAUCCAGAUAAACUUCACUGUGGGUGGCAUGUUCUACUUGAUGAUAUGUUUCCUGUUAAACAGUUCCCCACUUUUAACUUUUUCCCGGGUAAAAACAUUUCCAAAUCCACAUUUAUAAGACGUUAUAAAAAACUUAGCUGUAAAAAUCUUGCUUUCGUUCAGGUCAAAAGCAACAAAUAAAAUCCAACGUUUCUGCUGCUAAGAUCCCAUGAAGCAGAUUUAUGGUCAGAACUUAAUCUUACCAUUUAUGUGAAACUGAUUAUUUUUGACUCAUCAGUUAAUUUUGAUCUGUACAUAGUUUAGCUGCAGAGUUGUCAUGCACUGCAAAAAUGAUAUAAAAUGAGAGAUUUUGACAAAGCUGAUAGUUUGAAUUGCAAUUUAUCUGUGUUUGCACUUGACCAACAGACCUGCACCCAGGGGAUGCACCACCACAUCCAGGAAUCUCAUGUUCUAUCUCAUGUGACACUUAACACAGCUCUGUUAUCUGCAUUUCAGUUUCAGAAAAAGGCUUGUUUACCUUCAAAAAUAGGAAAGAAGUAGAUUUGUCAUAUUGUAAAGACUUACCUUCAUCCUGGUCCUGUGUGUGCCUCUAAGAUAAACAGGAAAGAUAACUAAAUGGUGUGAAUGAAUAGACAAAGCUUAGGGCUGCUUCUUCAACAUUGUUAAGCUGAUUGCAUUACGUUUAAGUGAACAAUCUAGAGACUUCUUUUCCUCCAUUUCCUUCACUCUUAAAAAAAAAACAAAAACAAAAAAAAACCCACAACAACAAAAAAAGCAACCCUGAUAACCAAGAGUAACACAGGGCAUUUUUUAUUUAUUUUUUUUCUCAGUUCCCCUUCCAAUCUUCUGGCUUUAUUUCUGUAUAUAACAGUAAUGGCCUUUGUGUUUUGGAGCUGGCAGAAGCAGAUUGUUUUAAUCUCUGAUAUUCAGUUAAUACAUUCUUCAUGUUAUCAACAGAACUGUCCCUAGAGAGAGCAUGGUAAUUCGGAACAAGUGUCUGUUGUAGAGCUUGCUUGCUCUCAAGCACAUGGUAAAUAAAUUGUAUGCCUUCCUAGAGUUCUGCCUUAGCCUCAGAGCUCUGUAGAAAGUUGUCUCUUUCCAGGAAUAAAUAUUUGGAUGAAUUUUGUUCUUGCCUGGGAAUCUCCAAGCCCAGGUGGUAAGUGCUGAGCCCCACAGUGGGGCUUGUGGCACAGAGUGAGCAAAGCCGCUGCCCGGGCUGCUGCUGGCAGCACUGCUCACUUCUCACUUCUUACCAAAUAAAUGAUGGUGACACUGCAUUGCACUCCACUGGCUCUAGAGGGAAAUUCAGAACUGUAUAUUCCACAGUUGGUUUCCCUCAAGACAUUCAGUGUGGGUUUUGCUCUCUGCACAGUCUUGUGCGUUCUACACAGUUUGUUUGUGGAGUCCUGAUGGCGAGCUACGGGUGUUACAGUCCUCCCUCUUCUGUGAAUAUGAAUCUCUAUGCCUGCUUAAAGAAAUGAGGCUAAGCAGAGCAAGAAUGUUAGUCAGAAUGCUAAGCGAGCAGUGGUGCAUAGUGUUUAUGCAUUUCAAAAUAAAAAAUAAUAAUUAAAAAAAUAAAAAAGAACCCUGCUCCUGUGUCCUCCCCAACCUUUUUUGGAUUUUGUUGUUAACUCCACAACACUGCUUUUUAAAACCAGACCCAAGUAUCACAUUAGCAGAGGCUUAUUCUCAGCAAUACCUACUAGAAUGUGCUUUUCUUUCUGUUUGUGUGAGAUAGAAACAUGCAGCAGGAAGAAGUUCAAAGAAAAAAUUGUCUUCAACACUUUAAUUGUGUUUUGGUGUGGCAGUUUUGGUGUGAGCAGAGCUCAUCUGUGUGAGCUCCUGCACAAUGUCCCCAGAAAGAUGCAGUAUUGUGUUUGAACAAUAAACCAGCAGCUCUCUGGAUUAAGGCCUCUAUCAGUGUUGCUAGCAUCUUUUAUGCGGUUUUGAUAAACACUUUAACUGUCGUUUGCAUCAAAAUGGCAGAUUCCUGCUCAAAACCAGCAUUCAUUUGUCCCUGUGAAGGGGAGGUUACUGGAUAUGCAGAUGCACCAGGAAGCACUCCCAGAUCAGUGAAUGUGGUCAAGUCCUCACAUGAGAUGAGGCCUAAAAGCAAGCAGAACUUGGCCCAAAACUAGCUCCCUUGGGAUCUGGGGGAAACCCAAACUUACAUUAAAUACACGUGGGUUUUCCAAUUAAAAAAAUUAUAAUCAGAAUAUUUCCCAAUCAUUUUGGCAGAGCUGUUUAUUGCUAUUAAGAUCUGACUUCAUUGGAACAUACCUUCUGUUGGGGACUUUAAAUUACUCUUUAAAAAUGUUAGAACCAUGCCAAGAAAUUUCUCUAGAACAAUUGGGAAAAUAAUUUGUGGGUUUUUUACAUACAUCUAUUUUAUUCUGCAUUUCUGAUUAUUCAUUUAUUUAUUUGUGUUUAGAGUGAAAAUGUAGGCAGUGAUCCUUCUUGCAAAGUGUUGCUCUUAAGUCUGUAAAAAUAUUUGCUGUGUCCUCAAUGGAAAGGUUUCUAUCCUAUAAUUUCAGGAAUAUUGACUGGAUACUCUUAAUGGCCUUUUACAUGUCCAGUUGGAAAAUCUUUAGCCUUUUUAUUUAAAUUUUAAGAAGAGAAACCAAUAUUGUUAAGAGAAACUAAUGUCUCCUGUCACUUAUCCUGAUGACCUUUCAUAAGGUGAUAAAGGUUUCUAUAGUGACCUGAGGAAAUGUCUCAGGUAUCAUUGUGAAUUAAAAGUCUGUCACAGGAAAAGCUUUCUUUUCUCUCUCAGGUAUCCAGUUCUGCCUUUGUCUUUAUUCCAGUUGCUAGACAUGGAGAAGGACUCAUAAAACAUACAGUAUUUGGUUACAUGGAUGUCUUUCAUCUUGUAGAGACUUCACAAUGUUGUAGAGAAGGAAAAAAGUCUGUGACAAAGUAAAGCUGGAUUUUUUUUAUAUAUACCAUUAGAGUAACAAACAACACUCAGGGUCUGCUGCUGUAAUGCCACUGAAUUCUGUGGCCUGUGAUACCAGAUAUUUUAUUCCAUAAAGUUCAGGAGUUGGGUUUGCCUCUAUAAGAAACAGGAAUUACGUGUUGUUAUAGAUUCAGCUUUGGCAGAGGUGCUGUUGGGAUUGCUCCGAGUUCCUUGCUUCAGACCUCAUGUAAACUUGCUUUUAAUGUCUGAAAGCGAAAGCUCUCUUGGUUGGUGAUAAGAGUGGGUGAAUUUUGAGGGUUAAAGUUGAACAUUGUGUGGGAAAUAAUUAUCUGAGGACCUCUAGAGGUUUUUGGCUUAGUUUUGUUUUUCUUGUUUUUUUCAAUGAUUUGUUGUUUUGUUUGGGGGUUUUUAAGGAGACAAGGAUGCAUUUAUGCAUUCUUGUGCUCCUGGAUGAAACAAUGUAUCAUGCCAUGAACAUCCUUCAGUUUAUCAAACCUGAUGUGACAGACACCUAAAACAAAACUUGCAGAAACCUCCCACAUGUUCAGCUUUAGUUUCCCAUUGGUAUCUUUCAGACUAAAGGAAAGCUGUUAAAAACUUUGUGCUCUCCUUACAGGCAGCAUUUGUCAAUAAAGGCUGGCCCUACAUAGCA